AUGACACACGGAAACUAUAUGUAUUAUCAUCCUCCGUUUCUGAUUGGUCGAUUUUGUGACACUCAACACCCGGAUAGUUAUGUGACACGAUGUGAUGAUGAAACAAUGCGUAUUUAUAUUAGAGUCCGGCGGGAUUGUCCCGAUCCCUAUAUUUUUCCCGAACCCGAGUCCCUAUCCCGGUCCCGACGGGAUCGGGAUCCCGAUCUUGAUAUCACUGAGGUAGUAUUCUGGAUCCCGAUCCCGUCGGGACCGGAGCCGGGAUCGGGACCGGGAUCAACGUUCUCGGGACCAAUUAAAUCGCUUCAUAUCGAAGUAUAA